GAUCGCGACCAGAUUGCCUGCGCGGCAACGGCGGGGCGACUCCACCUGUUCGAGAACCUCGCGAGAAGUACGCGAGAAAGUUUAUCCAGUCCAUCCAGACUGAGGGAGAAAAAGAAAGAAGAGCGAACGAAAGGAGGUGGAAAGAAACGACAUUACUUUCUUUUUUUACCUUUCUUUCUUCUUUUUUUCCGAUUCGAUUGGCUCGCAAUACGGUUUCCAACCGGAACCUGAUUGGUUGGCAUGUGACGCGAGAUGUGGCGUAGCGUGGCUGGCUGAGGCGACGAGGCCCGACUGUCGCCGCACACGUGUUCGAAGCCAGCGGCAGGUGUAGGCGAGUCUUUAGACGGCACCUCUUCGACACCGACACACGAUCGUUUGGCGUUCGGAUACACCACUUUCGAAAUGCUGCCUUUGAUACUUAUUGCUGCCUUCGCCUCGGCCUGUUCGGCCACCACGGUGGACGAGGUGAACGACUACGUGGACGUGGUCCUCAGCGAACUGGGCCAACAAAUCCAGACGCCGUACAGGCCCAAGGACAGCUACAACAAGACGGUGGCCGGCAGGCCCGAGAUCUGGGCCUACUUCGGCGACAUCUUCAUCACCGGCUACAACAAGCUGGAACGCGACGGCAACUGCGCGCACGAGGAGCACGCGCUCGCCACCGGCAUCACGAUCCGCUGCAACCUGACCACCAAGGAGCUGCGCGUCGACGUCACGGGCACGCUGAAGCACUCGACGUACCCGCCGAGAAACGUGCGCGCCACCGGGGUGUUUCUCAACCCGCAUCUGCUCAUGAAGAUCGCCGUGGAGCCCUGGAAGGAGAUGAAUGUCACGCUGCGGCUCCGGCUCACGGUGCCUCAGGUCAAGGUCGUGAACCUGGGCGAAGAGUUCAAGUUCAACAGCAUACGGCUCGGGUACCGGGACGAGAUCAUCUCCAUCAUCAGGAGCUCGACGCCCGAUCUCGAGCAAGACAUGAAGAAGGCGGCCGACAGCGAAAUCAUUCCGUACAAGAGGAAAUGAACGCGCGCCCCACCCACUCAUUCUACUGUUGCGAAGAGCGUCGCCAUUCACACAUGCCUUUUACACUGCAGUCACCGAAUCAUCGCACGUUCUCGAGCGCCUCGAAACUCGCCCGGAGGGAGCUCGCCAAGUCGUGGCGCCUGUUGGCUGCAGUAACGAAAACUGUGCUUUGGAGUGAACGUGUCUUGCAUCGCGAAUGACUGCGGUGAGCUCGGAAUGGGCAGAGGUACCUGCGAAGAACAGGCGAACAUGUUGGUUGCGCGGUAGUUCACACGUUUCUGCCUCCGCUUCGAGAACUCACGAGUACGUACAUCUCGAUAGAUGUUUCACGCAUGGGUUUCGGCGGCGAUUGUUGUGCCAAGUACGUGCCUAAUGUGCAAGCCGCAUAGUGUUCGCGCUCAAAAGUGAUCGCGAGCUUCUGUGCAGCGUGGUGCACGAACUUUGCUAGCACGUCUAAUAAAGAAAUGCCCGUUCGCGAGUUAUGGCUUCUGCGCAGCGAUGUUCACAGCAUGAACUGGUGUCGCCACACUGUGACGUAGUAAUAUUUUAAGCAGUCCUGCACAUCUUAGCUGAUGCUGCGAGUAAUUGUGAAGCUAUCUUGUAAAAUUCUUCUGGAAGGGCCUUUCUGAACUUCUCUUUAAGUCCUCUUUAAGUGAUCUUUUU